AUGAUGGGAUCUCAGGAGCCCCCAAGACUCCAUUUGCCUGGAUCCCGUUUGGGACGGAGAGGCGGCGUGACAUGGCAGCAAGACACCACGGGCACCUGGAUACGGAGACUCGAAGCGGCUGGUGAGCGUUGCCUUGGCUGGGCGGUUGAUGCUGGUGUGAAGGUGGUGGGAAGGCAUGGAAGAGGCAAACUGUUCAAGGCAGCUGCACGGUCAGAAGCCUUAUCCAGGGGCGCUGAAGGACGGUCUGCCACUUCUUUGAGGACCACCAACCCCAGCAAAAUCUUUUGGAACCAGCAACAGCUUCACCGGGAAUUGCUCUUCACACACCGCAAAGGCCUCAGCCUUCGUUCCAAACCAGAAUUGCUCCAGGUUUUAGAGCACCGAAACCGGCGUCGUGAAGGUACAGAAAGCAGCUUGGAACAAUCGCCUUUGGAGCAGGAACUUCUGCGAUGGCAGCAGAGAAGGGAACAGCAUCAUCAACAGGAAGCAACAGGUGAUACGGUGCUGAACCAGCCAGAGUUCAUCCGGGUCCGGGAAAACCUACGAAGGACACAAUGCAUGCAGGAUCCCCCUCCCCAGCAUGAAACCUCUUCCUCUACAUCCAAUCCGUUCCUCCGGUCUCAUCUCAUCAGCAGAAAGCUGUUAAGGAUCCUGACUUCACAGUCCGACGGAGCCCUGGAGGAUGAAACCCCAAUGCUUCAAGGCUCCCCAGAAGCCUCGGCCCUGUCUCAGGAUUCGCUUGCUGACACAUGACCCUCUUUCCCACUCUCUUUUGACAUGCAUUCAUGGUGUGUAUCUGUAAACACAGAUACAUUCUGAUUCCCCAGAUUUGGAUAGCAAACCGGAACGGAUCUUCAGUUUCUACUAUCCUCCAUUUGAACCCACUCGGCUGGGACAAUCUGAAAAGAAACAUGUAGGCAUGGUGCAGACCCAAUUUGGGUCCCAUUUCU